GAUUCUGCCAAAAUUUAUUCGCUUGUAUGAUCGCGGGCAACGACGGGUUAGAACUCCUGUUAGUUGAAUAGAUCGAUCGGAAAUUCGGCUAUCAAAUUGUGUAAAUUUAUCAGCCAAUUCUUUCGUCCUUUUAGCUGAAAUGUAUAAAUAUAACAAUAGCUAGCAUUCGAUCGAUUCUGUCAGUUGAUAAGAAGUAGUGCUCGCUUGUGGUUUGAUAUAAAAUAAGUUUUAUUAAUAACUUCGAAUUGAUGAGAGAACUCGAAUUUAGUGAAAAUUGGAUGUCUAGGACUGAUGAUCUGUAAUUGAAUUCAGUGCUUCUCUGAUCUGAGCUGGUUUUAACCCUUCUAUUGAUUUAUUUAAGCGAUAAAAUGGCUUCCCUAGUAGCUAGUGCAAUCAAUCAAUAUCACUAUGUUUUGGAUCACAAAAGUGAUCCAAGGGUGAACAAUUGGCCAAUGAUGAGCAGCCCCGUUCCUACCUUCCUCAUAUGUGUAUUCUACGUAUAUUUCUCCAGAGUUUUGGGACCGAAACUAAUGGAGAAUAGAAAGCCUUUUCAGCUGAGAAAUGUUUUAAUUGUGUAUAAUUUUCUUCAGACUAUUUUCAGUGCGUGGAUAUUUUAUGAGUACAUGAUGAGCGGGUGGUGGGGAGCUUACAGCUUCAGGUGUCAACCAGUCGAUUACUCAAAUAGUCCUCUAGCCAUGAGAAUGGCGAACACUUGCUGGUGGUACUAUUUCUCCAAAUUCACAGAAUUCCUCGACACACUUUUCUUCGUCUUGAGGAAGAAAUACAGUCAGGUAUCGACACUCCAUGUUAUCCACCACGGAUGCAUGCCGUUCUCGGUGUGGAUGGGACUCAAAUUUGCACCAGGCGGUCACAGCACAUUUUUCGCUCUCUUGAACACUUUUGUACACAUAAUUAUGUACUUCUACUAUAUGGUUUCUGCAAUGGGACCUCAGUACCAAAAGUACAUCUGGUGGAAGAAAUACCUGACUACUCUUCAAAUAGUACAAUUCAUUGCAAUCUUUGCCCAUCAAUUCCAACUUUUAUUCACUGAAUGCAACUACCCAAAAUCAUUUAUGAUAUGGAUUGCCCUCCAUGGAGUGUUGUUCAUGUUCCUCUUCUCAGACUUCUACAAAAUUAAAUAUACCAACUCCAAAGACAAGAAAACCACUGUCAACUCAGGAUUAUGUAUGCCAGUUUUGGAAGAAAAGGAAAACGUCCUUACUCAUAAGAAAACAGAUAGUAAUGGAACCCUCAAUAACACAUAUAUCAAAAGUGAUCUAUUAGAUUCCUACCAAGCUUGUUAUUCAAAUGGCAGCACCAAAGGUUUCGUUUCUCAGACGAAUGGAUUGCAAGAUGCAACGAAAAAGGAUGCUUAAUUGUUGGAGAUCCUCAUCAACAGAAUUCUCCAUUCCCUGGGUGUAUGUGAUAUGUUCUACAGUUGGUAAAGGGAACCAGUAUUGUAGAAUUGGUGGAAGGAACUUCAUCAUAAGGUGGAGAGUGCAGUUUUUGUCUAAGCUCAAGCAUUUCGUAUUCUAGAAGACCAAAAGAUGUUUAAAAAUGGACAAACUAAUUUUUUCCUUCGUUUUAAUAAUAUGGAAGAUAUUCCUCCUUGCAGUCUCUAAUAGCGUUUUAAUUUUUUAUUAAUCUUAAAUUUUUGAUCACUGAAACUGGAGUCCAUUUUUCCGUUCUGCUAUAUAAUCUCGAUCUGUAUAUAGAUAUUUGUUACUAGUAAUAAGUAAUUUAUAAGAUUGAACAUUUCCCUUUUUAUGAAUUCUAUGAUCGAAAUUUUUUAUUGUUAUUUUUUAUAUUGUGAAAGAUUUGUGAUGUGAUACCUUUCCAGAUCAAUUAUUAAAAUUAGUUAUAUCCAUGUUGCCUCAUCGAAAUUCUGUUGGAUCCCAUAUUUGCAUUGGAUGAUUUUAAUGAAAUAAAAUCAUUUUUAUUGCACUUAAUAGGAUCAACAUAUUAUUGAACUCUACAAUUCUGAAUAAAUUUCGAUUUUGGAUUUGUAGAAAUUAAUUUAGUCGUUACCUUUGACUGUCAUAAAUUGCAUUUUUUAUUUGUUUUUAUUAACAAACUUAUUUUUCAUUCAGAAUAUUCCUCAGCUAAACGAUGUGAUUAAUUCUAUCAAGUCCAACCGAAUUUCUGUUAAUAUUUAUAAAUUUCACCGAAUAUGAAUAUUUGUUUCACAAUUUCAAUGUUAUCACAGCUAAAAUAUAAAUAUCAUAUUGUAAAGGUUAAUUGUGGAAUCCAUUAUUUGGAAGUUUCAAAUGUAUAGUAUUUUUGUACAUAAACGAUUCAAAUAAAACAUUCUGAUAA